UUUUUCUUAGGUUACAAACCGCAAAACACCUACACGUAUUGUUAUGAGGCUUGUGUGACCAGUGGUUUCCCGGAAACAGAACAGCAGUUGGCAGGAUUGAAGAUCUCGUGUUAUGCAGAGGUUUAUGUUGAAUCUGACAGCUCCGCUUAUCUGAAGGUAUUAAAAUAUAUCAACUUACUUGACAACGAGGUCUUGGCACAUAGUAUUUACAUGCCCAGUAUUUACCGUAAGCGUGCCAAAAAUCGAUCCUAAUACGCUACAAAAAUAAAAACUCGCAUUACAGUCGACCACCCAAUAACUCGAACCUUCAAGAGAAAUCCAAACUGAAGGUCGAGUUGACUAGUUGAACUGGGCUGAUAACCAAAUAGUAAAGGACUAAAGACCAAGACGACACAGUUGUUUUGAAGUAUUAAAUUUCUUCUUUUUCGAUCGACCUGUCAUGCGCUUAAAACAUGUUUUCAGUUAUCGAGGGUAAAAUUCGUCUCAGGGGAAUAAAAAUUACUGCGAGAGGUUCGGAAUUAUCGAGGGUUCGAUUUACCGAGGGUAAAAUUACAUUAGAUGUAUAAACUACUGGCGCGGAUCACCGAUUUCCUACUUUUAGGCCAGGGGCCCCACUCACAUAUUUUAAUGACGGGGGGUUCCGAAGGAUUUUUUUGGGUCUGACAUUUUGGCCAAAAGGGAUUUUUUUGGGUCUAUGAAAGACGCCGGGAUUUUUUUGGGUCGCGAAAACAACACAGGGAGUUUUUUUGGGUAUUGUAUUUUUCAUCAGCUCAAAUCAACAAUAACAUAAGCGCAAUUUACUGCUUGUGUGGUAUUACGGGAUAUUUCUGAGAUUGUAAUCUAUUUGAAAAGUAAUUACCGGCACUCCACACGCAUCUAAUCCAGAGUAAUUCAAGGCCUUUCAAGCCAGUCAUCAAGACCACAAUGGAAACACUGUAUACAAAGUAAACAUUUUAUGAAUUAGAUGUUUACCCGCUGAUAUAUAUCUAUUAUGAAAUGAUCACGUUGCUAUGUAAAAAUAAAGGCAAGGAAAACUGAUUUUGUAAACUAAACUCAAACCGGGAGUCAAUGCUGUUGAGUUCCAGCAAGAGCUAAGAGGUCCAGUCAGUUGUGAUCCCAUUUUUGUUGUAUGAAGAAGUUCUCUUGAAAAUAUUAGUAACAUAUUCAAGCUUGCCAAAGUGGAUCAUGAACCCAUACAAAGAUGUGUCGCUGACUCAGUUAUUUCAGAAGAUAAAUAAUAAAAUUUGCUGAUGCAAAAACACUGAGGGAUUUUUUUGGGUAUGCUAAAAAAAGUAGGGAUUUUUGUGGGUAGACAAAUUCUGAAGUUGGGAUUUUUUUGGGUAUAAAAUAUGAACCUCUGUUGGAACCCCCCGUCAUUAAAAUAUGUGAGUGGGGCCCCUGGGUCUGGUCUGGGGGCAUGCUCCCCGUCAAUUUUUUUGGAUUUUAAUUCCCCAAAGUCCCCUUUCCUGGGUGUCUGAGUCAUGCAGACAGGUGAUUUACUGACUGUUCAAACCAUUUUCAAGAUUUCAACUUGGAAAUUUUAAAGUUUUUUUUACUAAAAAUAUAUUUAUCAUGAAAAACCUUACCGAUUUCUUUGAAACGGUGGAAACUGGUGGGAUCCGUGUCUGAACUAAAUCCAGGGAAAAUCGAUUUUGGCUCGAGAGCUAGAGCGAGGUUCGAGUUAUCGAGGGUUCGAGUUAUGAGUUUAAUCGGGAGUCGACUGUAUAUCGUGCAGGCAGCGAGGAGAAUUCUACAGCAGCCUCAUGUAAUAAACUGAUAUAAAUAAAUAAAUUAAUAAAUAGAUUAAUUAAUUAAGAAAUAAAUUAAGAAAUAAAUGAAUAAACAAAUAGAUUUAUGCCCUGCAAAUCCAAAAUCAAAAUUUGAACACAUCCUCCUUUAUAAAGGAUUGCAAAAGAGUGAAAAUCCCCGAUGGAAUUAAAGCGUUUUGAAAACCCCUCGGAGCCUCCGUGUGCCCCGAUGAAUCUUUUUUUGCAUAACUAAAGGGGAAAUAAACGGGAAGUUUCGGGUGGCGUUACCCUGCGAACAGAGUCUCCUUUGAUUCCUCUUGCCCGACUUAUGUAAUAGCAGGGUAGGGUGGGUAGGGUGGCGUUUGAAAUCUUCCGAGUGCCCAGUCUCCAACGAGCCUCCCGGUUAAGAUGGCGGAUAGUACAGUUGGUUCAAUGUACCCGAUUAAUUUGUUACUAUUUCUGUUCUUUUUGAACUUCGAUUGAGGAUAGGCCUUGUAAGUAUAUUGAAAAGAGCGGGGAAAUGUUGGCUCCGAGUGGCAGCCACAGCACGAGAAAAGGUGUGACGAUUUCAAACCGGGAUUAUAAAAACGGGUUGAUAAAUUCAUGAAUUCGGUACAUUAAAUGAAAGUACAUCAGAUGCACUAGCUGGUAGAACAAAUGUCAGAAUAUGUAUUAUUUCUAUGUCCAUUUAUUGAUCGUUUUGUGCUCUAGGGAAAUGAGACUUGAUCAUUGAUUGAUAACAUUUCAUUCAUCACUACUGUAGCGCAGUUUGAGCAGAAAGCCUUUCUCGGCUUAUGACCUAAGCUCCUCUUACUAACCAGCUUUACUAACUGAUAAGAAGAAUUAACCCUUUCGCUGCCAGAGUGCUUGAUAGAGUUUUGUGAGAUGACUCUAACUUUUGAGUCUGCGGAUGAAAUCCAAUGAUGGGACCAUUCAGAUGAAAGCUCUCUGCCUGUACUUAGGUUCUAUUUGUUUUUCAAAAUUUCACAAAAUGAAAUUUGGACAUUUGGUUGAAAUUUGCUUUUGCCUAAAUUUGGCAGUGAAAGGGUUAAAUCAAACAGGUGCAAGACAAAAAAAGAAAGACUAGAAAAGUAUAUCUAUAUUCCGAAAAUUGAAAAAAUUGGCAAAAGUGACUAUCAUUCUUCUGCGGCUCUUAGUUGAAACCGUAACUUAUACUUAAGCAUAAUUUUCUAGUUUUUUUUGGUUGAUCAACCAUUAUAGUUAAGCUUAUGUACAUCUUUAUUUAAGUCCUGUAAGGGGAUGACAUUUUUUUUGCAAGUGGUCAUUAGUACCAUUGCUUUUUUAACUGUUCAAUAAACCAUGUUCGGAAGUAGUAGUGACCUUCCUGUCCUAUACUAGAAAUACGAGAGUUGCUAGCCCUGAUAUUUCAGUGGGCACUAAUGUGUUUCGGAGGAGUGUGCACAUAACACAGGUUGACUUAAUGUGUUAUCAUUUCUCAGAUUUCUGUUUCUGCCUUUUGCUGACAGAUCAAAAAGCCUCUAUUGUACGAAGUCAAUGGGACAUCUUGCAGUUUUGAUUCCCUGAAGAUCUCUCCAGUUUCUGCUGACCUUACUCCAUUGCUUGAAGAACCAAUCAAAUUUGAUUUCAAGGCAGGAAAGGUUGGAAAGAUUUAUUGCAAGGAGAAUGAACCAGAAUACAUUCUUAACAUCAAACGUGGCAUCCUGGCAAUGUUUCAUCACAACUUCACCAAGCCUGACCCUGCUGAUAAGUAUGAUCCGAGGAUGUACAAGAAUUGGGAGGUAAAGAGCUACUUUGUUCUUUAACAAAAUUUAUCUUACAUGUAAGACAAGAAUAUGCUAUAUUUAAGAUGUCUGGCAGUAUACUGUAAACCUUGCAUGAAUUAAAAAGCCAAAAUUUACAGUCUGCUAUUUUGUUAUUGUUUUAAGACUUUGAAAACAAAGGCAUUACCUGUUUAAGAAAUAUUGCUAGGCCUAUAAUAGAUCAAUGAAGCAAUUUCCCUCGCCAUCAUAAGAAUAACUAGAAUAUUGUGUUCAUGAUAAACCCAUCCACAACUUCUGGGAAAGAUAAUCUAUAAUGCAACAACAAAAUGAUGUAACAACUUUAAAAAAUUUCCUGUGAAUCCUAGGAUUAGUAGUUCCUGAAUUUAUUUCCUAGCAAACUAGUUUUAAAAAGUGUAGAUGUAUGUGUAAAUAAUAUGUUAAAACAUUAUUGUUUUCACGGAUACAGUAUGGCGCACAUGGACUAUGUGAAAACUUGUAUGAUGUUGAGUACCAAUUUUCGCAAGAAACUCACAAGACCCAAGCGAUGAAGCUCAGCAAGACCUUAAACCUUAACAACUGUACAGGAAAACCACACGUGUUCUCUAACAUUCCAGGCGUCCGCUGCCUCAGCAAGAGCUGCGACAGGGUGGAGGAGGUAAGCCAUUUAUAAUUUAAGGUUAUUCAGUCACUUAGAUCAUAUGGAAACUUGUCUCUGUGUUCAGGUGGACUUGAGUUCUGUAUUUUAUUUUGCUUUGCCAGUGGCUCAGAAACACAACAAAAUUGAACUUUCUAAACUUGUAAAGAACUUACAAGUUUAUAUUACUUCAGAGUUUAUCCAGUAAGGUGAUCUUUUGUCCCAGGUUCCAGUAAAUGGGAUUGUCAAUUAAGUUUUGAAGCAACUGUGUGGAGCAAAUGUAGAUUCAUCUGUAACGUCUCUCAAAAAAUAUACAUGUGUAGCUUUGUUAAUCUUUCACCUUUAAUCACUUAUUGUAAGAAGUUAGGAGAAAGAAAUUACUUGGAGGUCAUGCUGCUAUUAUGUUGUAUACAUUAUAAAUUAUAAAAAAGUCCAAUUAGCUGUUCACAUUUUUUGGGUGUCAGUGGAUAGGGAUUGACGCUCUACAGGAAAGUCUUCUAUUUUGUACUCCUAAAUUAAAACAUUGAAAUAAGGAAAUGAGUUACCUUGUUUAUUCGAUUUCAUGAUACAUUCAUAUAUAAGUAAGAUUGGAAGACAAAAUGUUUACUAAGAGAGUAACUAAAACUAGCCUGGAGUGUUUUUGGUUGGGUGUAGGGUGUCAAAGAUAAUAUUAAAAAUUAAACUUUUCAUAGAAGAGGCAUAUAUAGGUGGUUUCAAAUUUAACUUUACAGCUGAUAAUAGUAGAUCAGGGAAAAAGAAAACUGGAAUAACUUUAUGGCUACAUCCUUCUUGAACUUGUAUUUUUGCAGCCUUUGAAGAUCUCUAUAUCAUCAUCAUGCAAUAUUUUGGGACAAGAGAGCAAAUUUGUGGUUAAGACCUGUGAAACAACUGGAGAGUACAUCUUUGCACCAAACCAAAUGAAAGGCACUGCAGUUACCACCGUUAAGUAUGUAAUUCAUUGUUUAUGCCACAGAUUUAUUCCUUUAGGUACAAAAUGUUUCGAGGAUUAUUUACACUAAACAAAUACAUAACUGCUAUGGCUCUUUUUAUAAUUUAUAACAUUAACCAAUUUGCUCUUUGGAGAUUUUUGCUUAAAAUUUGAAGCUGGUCAAGCCAUUCUCACAUUAUUUUAUUUUCUCAAAUUUGUUACCUUUUAUUUUGAACUUUCCGGGUAAAGUUACCUGGUUUUUUUUUAUAAUUUUUGGCUGUUAAUUUCCAGCCUGAUUGUUUGACUGAAUGGUGUAUAUUCAUGAAUGUUAACUACAAUUUAGCCAGCUGGUUUAAGCUGAUUUGGCUGUCUUGAGUAUCAUACUUCAUAGCAGCAGGUUCAGGUUUAGUUCUAAGCUGGAGCAAAUCUCAAGGUCUUUAAAAUAUAAUACAGUAGUUUGGUAGAAUGUGCUGCCUUUCUUUUACAUCUUCAAAUGGUUACUUAACAGACAUCCUAGUCAUCUCAGAUGAGAAUAAUCAUAGGCCCUGUCUCACAGCCUCUUGUCGGACAUAGCAUAACCUCUUCUUGCAACUUGGUUUGUGGGAAAGAACGGGGACCCAGUACCUCACAGGGAACCCAACCUCCUUUUGUGCCUAUCCCCACUGUGCAGGUCUGUGUGCUAGUAGAGUAUCAAAAUGUGCAUUUCGGUUAUUGAUUUAAAAAGUGAUGACUUCACUAGUGUUAUAGGGGAUGUGUGGGCUACUGCAGGCGGUUGACAUUGACCCUAGUUGUUAAAACGUUGCAUGCAGACUCUCUAGUCACUGUACUCCUUUGAGCACCUGCUGUUACUGUUAGUGUGUAAAACUGCAUGUUGAUGACUUGUUUCAUGCAUUAAUUCCUUGCCAAUCAUAGUCUUUUAUUCAUGCAGUUUAAAUUACAUUUCCUCCAGAAUAGUUAAAUAAUCAUCUUUAAUAUUAUUAUUGAAUUAACAAGAAUAAAUUAUAUAUUAUUAUUGUUUGUUUCGGUGCAGACUGAAAUUCAGCAGUGUUCAUUUUUAGAUGCUAUACAUUUAAACUUUAACCAAAUUUGUUUUAUGUUAGUUACAAUUGUAUUUUUCCUCUUUAGACAAAACUUGAAGUUUAAGGAAGUUAAGGCUGGACUUGAACAAUGUAAGUACGGUGGAACCUUUAUUACCGUCAAAUGGCCAUCCUCAGGGUAUUGACAAGUGGCUGCUUAAUAGAGGUUUGCCGCUGAAUAAAAGUUCAUCAGAAAUGAGCAUAUUUUAAGAAACUUCAGUCUAUUUUGAAACAAGCCCGAGACUGGAGCUAGGACUGUAUAUUCCUUCGUCAUAUUCUUGAAAUGUAGCCAAACUAGAGUAUCACACCCUUGAUGGUGGCUAGAGGUGUCAACAAUGGAAGAACCCUUACUGGGAUGGCGAAAAGGUGGCUAUGACCACUUAAUAGUGGCUGCUUUAAUGAGGUUCAAUUUACCAUUCUUAAUGCUACAAUUAUUUUGGGACUUUUGUUACUCGCUGCUUAAUAGGUGGCCAGUUAAUGGAUGUUUAACUGUAAAAAGACUGUAAAAAAGUUUGAGUUUUAAGGCUGUGCUGUAGAGGGGUUAGAAAGCCACUUUUAAAAGCCUCAAAUCCUGGUCUGUUUUAAUUUAGCAUGUGUUACUUUGAUAAAAUUAAUAGGCAAAAGCAGAACUUAGUUAUAGUGCCAUUUAAUGCAUUCUAUAGAAUAAUAAUAUUAUUAUUGAUAAUUAAUAAUUAUUAUUCUAUAGAAUGAAUACUGUAAUUAUUAAAGCUUACAGUAUUUUGCCCUCUUUUAGUCAUUUUAUUUUUUGGUAUCUGUUCAUUAAUCGGCAAGACAGUGUUUUUACUGCUACCAUGAUAUCUGUUUCUUCUUUCACUUGCUUCUCUAAUCGUCAUUUGUUUUUAUUUAAAGAUUCAAUUCCUACUGCCAAUCCUCGCACACUGGAGAUGACAGGUUAUGAUGAUCAUACAGUGCUCACAGAAAAGCAGAAGACUGAGUUUGUCACAAAGGUGACCAGAUAUUAGUAUUGGCCAUUAACUAAUACAUGUAUUUUGUUUAAAUACAUCAAUUCUACAUUAAAACUUAACUUCAGCCCUGAAGGGCACCUUUACUAACACCAUUGUGAUUAUUAUUAUUAUUAUUAUUUUUUUUUGUUAGUAAGAAAAACUUUAAGGUGGCUCGACUGGGUUUUUGAGGGUCAACCUCCCACGUUGGAGCAUGAAUUGUGUCAGGCCAUUAUUAAACAAGGAUUUGGACAAACUACCACCUCAGCUGUAUUACGUUCAGGGUUACAGUGACAUUGGAGUUUUCGCAGCAACAUAAUGAUCCCAUUACCUUUUUACUUGCACCUAUAUUUCUUGGUAUUGAGAACUUUUCUUCCAAAACCGUUCAGGGGCGCUUUUUCCUUCAAUAGCUGUCUCGAUGUUCGUGAAGUUUAAGUAAAAUCUACGAGAGCGUCAUGGAGAUACUUUGGGAUGAAAAUUUUAUGGUUUAAUAGAAAUACAGUAAAAACUCAAACAUUCUCAAUGGAAUACAUAGAUAAAUAACUUUACAAAUCAAUAAGUAAAUAAAUAAGUUAUUAAAUAAUUAAAAUAACCCAACCAACAUAAGGAAUUCUUGUAGUCCAAACAUUGUCAUUAUAAACAAUGGACAGAUGUGUCAUAUUGCUUUUUAAUCCUUUUGUUUUUUCUUCACUACAGACUUUGAAGAUGAUUGAUUUACUGAUUAAGAGUGUUGAAAAGAAGGACUGGAAGGCAUACAUAUUCACAUCUUUAGUUGAACUGUUACGUAAAGCUGAUGAAGAUACACUGUCCCAAAUCUGGGAUCACUGCUCCAGUGAUGAACAGCGCAGGUACUCGUAUUAAUACAAGCUCUUGUUUUAAUUGCACAUAUCUUUUUUGUGUAAAUUCAUCAAAGAAAAUUUACACACUUCUCUUUUUCCUUGUGUGAAUUGUCUAUAAUAGUAAACCUUAAUGUUGAAUUGUACAGUAUUAUUCAGUUUUUUGAAGUCUACAGUUGGCUGAACUUGUGUUCACAUCUCUGUUUCACCUCUCCACCUUGUUCACUUGGUAUUAUUGCACUUAAGAGUGUUUUUGCAGAGCUAUUUGUGACGUCAAAAAAAUUAAAGGAUUUAUUACCGUUUCAUUUUAUGUUAUCUUAAUCAAUAAAGCUCCUCCUGUUUAGCCCAGAGCAUAUCCCUUCCUGGCUUUGCAACCGAGAGUUUGCUCUCUUUUGUAGGUGCCACUAUUAAAUAUUUUCAAGCAUCUUACAUGUAAAUGCAUCUUUGAAAAAAAACGGCAUGUAUUAGAAGCAUUCUGGACGAGGUGUAAUGUUGCCAUAGCCACUGCAUAGUGGGUUAACUUUCUAAUGAACAAAUGCUAAAACCCUUGCCUAGUCCUUAUACGGCGUUUUCCCAGUCCCUCUCAGUCAAUUCACUUCGGUGACGUAUCCGAGGCACGUUUUCGCUUGGACCAAGUGACCCGAAAUGCUUUGGCCGCCGCUCAGAAUAAUGAGGCCGAGAGACUUAUGACUGCAUGGUGCUGGAUGAAUUUUUGAGUGGCUGAAAAAUUUGACAUGACAGUUUGUCACUGUGAAAUGUUUAAUAUUUUCGCCGUGUUCACACAAAGCUGACAAACCAGGUUGUGUUUUAUAUAACUCUCCGUGAUUUUACCAUCUGCCCAUGCUCAGAGUGCUAUUUUAGCAAAUCCACUGCAAAUUCAUUAAGCACAAUGGCGUUUAUCAGCUGAGUAACCACGCAUUCAUGCAACCGCGCCUUUGUAGGUCGAAAUUUAGAGGGUUAUGAUGGUGUUCACACCUCGCUGAUCAAAUUUUCGACCGUACCACCUAAAAUUUGACUUCGACUUUGGUGUUCAAAUUUGUAAAUGGCUAGGUGUCUAAAUUUUCGUAUGGGUUGGGUGGUUCCCUUUAAACGGAAUACCUAAACGCGCAUUUUCCAGUGGUUAAAAAUUCGUCCAGUGCCGUGUGAACGUAAUCUUAUGUGUAUGUUGAAAUAGAAACAACUUGUCUUUGUUGUACUGUAUUUACAUAUGUACUUAACAGCUUUUUUUAAAAUUUAUUAGGCCAUGGCUGUUAGAGGCCCUGCCAUUUGUCUACAAACAGGAAGUUUUCAAACUUAUUAAAGAAAAGAUUUUAUCAAAAGACCUGAAAGUGAAUGAGGCAGUUCCAGUGCUUCGUGGUUUAGCCUUGACUACAAAUCCAACUGAACCGAUGUGCCGUGACAUAUCAGUAAGUGGUAUUGUUCCAUAUGGCAGCGACAUAAGAUUGAUUCAAUGUUACACCAUUUUAUUCGAUUUUUAAUGUACUGACGCACAGUUAGUCUUGCUUGUUUGAUAUUAAAAUACUGGAAUAUCGUAGAUGUUAUUUAGAACUUCACUGAGGUACAUGUAAGUGUAAUUUGCCCCAAAAUCCCAUGUGACUGCAGCCCUUAUGGAACCAAGUAGCUCGUGUCAUAUGUGAUAUGAUCAGCUCGAACGGUGACAAUGUUAUCACCUAAUUUGUGCAGGAGAAAGAGAUCUUGCCAACUUUACGCAAACACGCGUAAUUCAGUAAAAAAGCCCCGGGAAAAAAGAGCCUUGAAGCAGCAAUUUAGCAUCAAGGACUGUAACAAAACACAGGAGAGUGAUAUAGGCCUAGAAUGAAGUGUUGGCCAUACAGUAACCAGAAAAUAGCUGACUAAAGACUCUAAUUGCAUUGUUUUGCAAUUAAUUAAAUUUUUUAGGGGUGAAUAAGUUAAGCUGCAAUAAAAUUGGUUUUCUGUCAGUUAAGCAUGAUUUUAUUGACCUUGAACUCAUUCAGACUGGCAGCUAGUCAUAAAGGGGAAAUUAAUAUAUUGAUGGCCUAUUAUUAAAAAAUGUUGGUUUAAAGUUAUGUUCACAAUAGAACUAAUCUCAUAAAUUUGUGUGUUUUUGUUUUCAAGAAUGUUUGUUUUCAUUCUGAUGUACAAGAAAAUGAAGCUCUGAAGAAGACCUGCUACUUGACCCUGGGUGCCCUGUUGUAUGAACACAGCAAAAUCGCCAAAAGCCCAAAAUUGCUUCAUGACAUAGCACUUGUAAGUUUAACUUUUGUUCUUAUAAUGCUAGAGUCCUCAGCGUCCUUUUCUUCUCGCCUAAAAAAAUUUACAUUCACUCUUCUAAGGAGAACCGGUGGUAAAUAGUGGAUUAUAAAAGGGGGACAGGUUGGAUGAAACGCCGCAUUUUCUGUCAAAUCAAAAUGAGGGGAUAUUUUUAACAUUUUAGAAAAUAUGUAGCUGAAGAGUUCCCUUACCGUAAAUUAGUUCUUGUAAAUAAAAUUUCCCGAAUCCUGCGUACUAUGAAAAUCGCCAAAUCGCGCAUUCCGACUAAAAUCCCGCAUCCCGACGUCCAAACAUGGCAAAUCCCGGAUCUUUAAAAUCUACCUGGGACUCUCAUUGAUUAUUGGCUGCUUCGAGGUUAAUGAAAUCAGCGAGCUUUCUUAUUUAACUAGUGACUAAGGUUCACUUCAAUAGUUUCAAUACAUUGAUGAUUGAUAGAAUUGUGGGUUGGCUCAAAUAUUAGCAAAUAGUGGAGGUCCAAACGCUUUUAUUUAUCGAUGUUAUAAAUGCAAACAAGCUGUCGCUAAUCUGUAAGUUUGUUUGCUUACAGGAGCUAAAGAAUCGUUUGCGGAUUGCUGAUUACCAGGAGAAGAUCAUCAUUGUUAAGACCAUGGGUAAUUUUGGUCACAAAACUCUUGACCAGCCUCUUCUAGAUAUCAUCCAGGAUAACAACAACAAGCUUGAGUUGCGGGUGUCAGCAGUGUAUGCCUUGAGAAGAAUAGCACCACAAAUACCACAAAAGGUUGGUCACUCUCUUUCCAAAACUUUUUUUUCGUCUCUUUAUAACCUUGGGAAGUUGAAUUAAGAGCAAAAGUGAAAAAAAGUUUCCACUCAAAGCAAAAAUUUCCAUUUUAAGGGGAAUUCAUUAUCUGCUAUGUCACCCACUUCACAUAACAUUAUUACCAUCUAAGAUAGGUUCUUAAAGAGGCAAUGAUCUUCGCAGUUAUGUAUACGCAAUUUAUGUAAUUGUAUGUAUUUGUAUAGAGGUAUUUGAGAAGGAAUCAUCUCAGGCUACAAUGGUUUCCGUUCUAUCAGUUUUUUACUGUAGGUGCUCUAACAACUUAGUUACAUGUGUACUUUGCUAUGGAUGGUAUUGUAAGUUCACUUGACAGGUUUUAAUUGCGUCAGUCCACUAUCUUGCUGCAGGUAUUGCCAGUGCUGCUACAGAUAUUCCGUCAAGUAGACACCGAUGGUGAACUGCGCAUGGCAUGUUUUGUUGUUAUUUGUGAUACCAAGCCCGGUCCAGCGGUAUUCAACAUGAUUGUCAAGCAUCUUUAUUAUGAACGCACCAACCACGUGCGAUCAUUCGUGGUUUCUUACAUCAGGGGAAUGACUAAGUCCAGAUAUCCUUGUGACGAAAAGAUGUAAGUUUGUUUCCUAGGCUGCCGUGGAUGUAAAAAAGCAAUCCCUAAUGAGAAAUUGUCAUACUGUGAAAAAAAUAAAGGUUUUUAAAAAACGUAACCGGUUCAUUUUAUUUAGAAUUAUGUAGGAAAGGACGUGAACAGAAGGUUGAAAAUUCGUGUCAUUAAUUGAAAUACUUACUUAACGUAGAGGAAGUCAAUAACAUAGUUGUAUAAACAGUUACAGUUUACAAAAUAAAGAUAAAUACACGUGCAUGUACAUAAUGUGUUUGGAAGUAUGCACUGAACUCUCGCAUCAAAACGAAAUGUUGAUGUUGGUGUUUUUUUUUCUCAAAAAAUAGUUAGGUAGAUAUUCUCUCUUGUUAUACUUGUUAUACUGUAUCUAACUUUGUGGAACAAUUUAUUUUAGGGCUAAAACGGCGAGGUUUGCUCUCAAGAUGCUCCGAACAAGGUUUGCUCUUCAGAGGCUUCGAGUUGGCAAGAUUGAUUUCCACUCUUCAAAAUGGCUGCACUUGGGAGAAUAUUCCGGUGAGGAGAUCAGAGACAAUGAAAUUUUUUAAAUAUUCCAGUCCACCAGCAAAGAGAUUUCUUGGUUCUACAGGAAACCAAAACCCAUAUCUUUUCUGUGGCAGUAAUAUUCACUAUGCCAACCCAGAAAAGUUUCGGCUACUUACAAUCAACCCGAGAAAUGUUGGCGGACACAGACAGAUAUAUCCGUAGAUGGACAUGCUAUUGAGAGAAUGGGGGAAAUAAAGCUUUUAGGAGUUCAAAUCGAUGAAAAACUGAAAAACUGUAGGGGUCCUAGUGCGGCUAAAUUAUCACUUUACAAGUCUUCAAUUCUGCUCCACCUAACCUACUGUUAUCUAGUCUGGCACUUUUGUAAUACAUCGGAUCGGAGAAAGCUCGAGCGGAUUCAGGAGCGAGCGCUAAGAGCGACGUACAAAACCAGAUCAGCUUCCUAUCAAGAACUGCUAGACCGCGCCAAACUACCGACGUUGUACAAUCGGCGUCUACAAGACAUUGCCUCGUCGAUGUUUAAAGUUAAGCACAGUCCCGUACCCGUGAAUAUUUCUGAUUUAUUCAAUAUAAAGAACACUCAGUAUAAGUUACGGAAUAGUGACUUCGAACCACCAAGAUUCGAAACUGUUAGAUUUGGUAGGAAUUCACUAAAAUAUAUGGGACCUCUCAUUUGGUCGAAGUUGCCAAGACACUUAAAGUAGCUGUGUCAUGAAAUUCAGCCAAAUUAGCAAAUUACAAAAUGCCCGUUAAAUUAAGAGAAACAUAACAUAACCGCUUAAAACUUUGAAGGAAGGUUAAAAUAACAUAACAGAAACAACAUGCCACGGAUGGGCAAAACUGAAGAAGAUUGAAACGGAUUGAAAUUAGGGUUUUUGAAAACUGUUCAGCCUAAUAGUUUUUCAAACUUGAUCCCUGCUACUUGCAACUUCAAAAAUAAUGCUCAGGAGACAUAUCUGUUUGUCUCGGAUCUCUGAUAAUGUCAUUUAUCUGUAAUUUCUUUGCUUACUUCAAGUUGCAUAGCGAUUGAGGGCCAGUAAUUGGCAAAAUUAACCAAAAUGAACGGGACUGAUGUGACACAGCCUCUUUAAGAAUGAUUACAUAGUAACUCUGAACCCGUUUAAGAGGAACAUUAGGAAAGUUGACCUUUCAACUCUUGUAAAUAUUUAGACGUUUUUAGGCUUUUAAAUAAAUUUUGUAUUAUAUAAUCUACACGCAUUUUUAUUUUUAUUGUUUAGUGAUUUGUAUCUGGCAUUUAACUCAUUAUUUUACAGUGCCACCCAUUAGCUUAUAGCUAAAAACAUAGACGCUUAAAUAAAGUUUUCACUCGUUCGUUCAAAUUAUAGACUGGCAGUGUUUUAUCACCUAAAGGAAAACCUAAAAGCAAAUUGACUACAAUAAACUAAUUUUAUUUUAUCAUACAUCUUUUUAGAGCCUCUUCAGCUGGGUGGUAGUUUUGAUUUCCAAAUGGUUUCUACGCCAUCAAGCUUUAUUCCACGUGCCAUUAACUCUAAAGUCAAUCUGCACAUCCUUGGAAAGUCACUUAAUUUGUUUGAGGUAAUUUACAAUUAAGUGUUGAUUGUUAGGUUCAUCAACAUUCUUGCGUCAAUUUUGGUGCAUAAAGGACCAUUUGCGGAAAAAAAUUUCUGCAAUAAUCUUUACUUUGUUCGGAUCGUUUUUGUUAGGUGUUUUACAGAAAUAAUAGCAGGUGAUCUAUAGUUGUGAAAAAUGGUGCAGGCAUAAGUAAUUUUAAAAUCCAACUAUUUUCAUGUUCUCUAAGGCAGCUUUUGACUUAGUUGUAAUGACUAGCAGGAAUCUUAGGUACUUAAUUAUUUGAUUACAUCUGAAUUUAUAUCAAAGAAACGGUGUCAUACAGCGUUGACUCAUCUUGAAUGACCAAGGCAAAAGAAGGCAUCCCCCCAAAAAACAGCUGCAGUACUACAAACUAAAAGCCGCUUAAAGCACAAACCUCGGGCAAAAGUGUUGAGACAGUUCCAUCUGUUUCCUAACUUUUGCGCAUACUACCAUUGUCUCUAAGGAGAAAAACUAGUAAGAACCCUCCCCACCCCCAAUUCAAAGUUGCUUUGGUCUCAAAGCCAACGUCUGCAUAACUCUCGUGUUAUCCCUCACAUCACUGGAAUAACAGGAGGGGGAAACGAGCAUUUAUGUGGCGGCGGUUUCCAUUUUUGCCAGGAUGACAAGGAAAAAAGGUAUUUUUGCGAUGUGUCUGAACAAGUUUUGUCCGAGGUUUCAGCCAUAAGCAUAUGCACAUACAGUUAAUUGAGUUUCUCCAUAUUCCUCAAACAUUAUCACUGAACUGCUUUUAUUUUCAUUGCAAGACUGGUGUGAGAGGUGAAGGGAUUCAAGAACUUGUCAAGCGUUUGGUUGGACCGAAAGGACAUUACAGCGGAAAGAACAAAUUAUUUGACAAGGAGAUCCGCGAAAUAAAGAAAAUGGUAACAGCGCUCUUUUAUAAAAAUUCAUGCAAUUUUUCCAUACCUAAACUGUCAUUAAGAGAGUUUAGGUGAAUGAUCACGCUCAAAGAUGUGACGAAGAACUUCUAUUCUUGGUUUAGCUUUCUGCAUAAUAAUUAUGGUCAUUCAAACAACUUUUUUUGCGGACAUUGUCUAAAGAUUAUUACGUGACUUGCAGAAAACUGCGUACAGAAAAUCAUGAUCUGCUUAUUCGCAGUAGAAAAGUUGCUUUGCUGUGGCGAUUGCUCUGUUCUUGCUCAGUUUCUCGUCUUUUGGUCGAGGAAGAGGUUAUUUCAUCCGUUACAAACUAAUUCACUCGGUGUAGUUAUCGCAUUUUCGAUUAAUUCAUCCCCUUCGUUUCAUUGGCAACCACCAGGGCAGGUUAUUACCAUAACUAUAUCUGUCAUAUAAUAUAUCAAGCAUGAGACGCAGUGUUUCAUCUGGUGAUAAAACGCUGUAUCGAAUGCUUGAUAUUACUUCUCAAACAAAAGGAUUUUAGAAGGAGAAAUUUAAAUGCAAAAAUGAGCAGUCUUUCAUCCGAUUUCCAAACACUUAUUAAACAUUAAUUUCCUUUGUAUUUUCUUUAUGAACUAUUAAUGACUUUGAGAAGUCUCCGUUACUAAACGAUAUGAACUUAAGCAUCCUAAAAAAACUGUUUUUUCUUUCCUACUCGAAAACAGCUACCCAUCACGGAAUUGGAAGGAGAGAAGACUAAAGGUUCAUUCUACUUCAAAGUCUUGGGAAAAGAAUUGAUGUACAACUAUUUCACUUAUGAAGAUGUUAAAGAAUUGAUCGAGGAUGGUGUUAUCAGGGUUGAUAACAAUCUGAAGGACAUCCUAAAGAAAGGUGACAAAUUAUGCGCGAACCAAGUAACACUGUGAAUGGCAUGCUAGGGCAGUAAAUUUUGUUGACAGUGUGCCCUGGUCUGCUCCCCGCUUAGGAAAAAGGAAUUGAUGAGGAUGACGGCCAAUAUGUUUAAGUCUUGCACUGUCUCUUUCCAUCUCUGGUAUCGUUCAAGUUGUAUCCCGUAAUUUUUCAUUAAACAGGUCACAUGACAGCAAGCUAGAGAGGGCGUUUAUGGUUUCUUGGGUAGUCUACGUUCUCCUCAUUAUUGUCUGUUGUAAUGGGCCUUUUUACAAUAAAGUGUGCUCAAUGUCCUGGCCUUUGAAUAGAAGUAAGGCUGGAGGUCACCUUUAUUUGUUACAACUCUUCCUGGUCAUGUGCAACUGGUGUUAUUCUCAUGCUAACAAGCACGUGAACAUGAUCAUUUACAUGUGAGAAACAGGCAAGUUUGUAACUUGACAAGGUCACCUUCAGCCUCGCUUCUAUUCUAAGGCCAGGGAACUGAGCACCCAACUGUAAAGUGAACUGUUAUAGAGUAUUUCGUUCUUUCCUUCAGGCAAAAAAAUGAAUUUGACAAAAGUGAUGAUUCCAGUGGAGAUUAAGGUUGUUCAGCCGUCUUGUAUGGGUAUUCCUCUUAAGUUCACUCUGCAAAGUGUAUUAUUCAUUCGCUUGAACACUACAAUCAAAGCUGAAGUGGAACCCAAGUUCUUCUUUCCCCUUCCUGAUCAACUGACGCUAAACGGCAAAAUUAACGUCAGGUGAGAAUCUACAUAAAUAGAAUAUUCAAAUAAGGAUUCACUGGUCGUACAUCCGCAAAAUUGGAUCGAAUUAGAGUUUGGAAUUGUUGUUUUUUGAGAAGAAAGGAGAAAAGAUAGCCAACACUGUUGUUUCUCGUUAAGGUCAGGAAUCGAACCUGGGUCACAGGGGCGGAUCUAGGGGGAGGGUGCAGGGGGUGCGUCCCCCUCCCCCCCGAGAUGACCUGCGGUUUUCUAAUACAACUGGUAUUCUGCAAAAAAAAACUAUGUGGUUUAUUGUUGUUGAAGUAGAGCAAGAGACGAGUGCACCCCCUCCUAAAAUAAAUCCUGGAUCCGCCCCUGGGUGACAUUAGGGAGUUAAAGCAACAACGACGACGACGGCAACAAGAACAGCAAAAAAAAAAACGAUCCGUUUAGAUUCGCAAAACAACAACUUUACACGUGCAUCACGUUUUUUUGUACCUUUCUUUGCCGCCGUUGCACGACUACGACGUGAAACUUCCUAAUUUUACGUUUUGUAGAGGACGUGAACACAAGACAACGACUUUCUUCUUCUUUUUUUGAACUUCGAUACAGUCGUUUAGAAUUCAACUUCAGAAAAAUUCGCCAACAUUUGACGAGUCAAACGAGAUGGAAUAUCUACGAUAAAGUUUAAAGCAGUGCGAAUUCACUUUUUAAGUCAGAUUUUCGUAGCUGUGGUCGUUGUAAUCUCCCUAUUGGCGUGAUGUGAUGGCUAUCACCACUGCGCCACGCUCACACUGACUAAGCGCCUUGUUCUCCAGUAGUCUUUUAUUGAUUGACUGAUUAUAAAACAUCAGUGGAAAUAGUGUUUUGUUGAUAUUUGCUUAUUAUUGCCCUAUGCAGUAUUCUCCACUCCACCUGGGGCAAAAUGAAGAUCUGCCUUCCUCAACUGGAAACAGGAAGUAAGAUGAAGCUUAACGUCAAUGUCACAACUGGUGUGUCCGGCAGACUGCAGUGUAAAAUCAAAGAUCACAGUUACACUACAGAGAUAGAUCUACCACAGCACCAACAGCAGAUUUUAUCAACAGAGUAAGUAAUAAUGGAAUGUUCUUUAGCACGGACCAUUUGGAUGAUGUAACUCUAACAGACCUGAUGCCUGCGACAGCAAUCGGGUCCUAAAAAUCAAACCCGACAGUCGUUGGGACAAGAUUCGAUUUGUUUUAAAUCUCUUCGGCUUCAUUACGACAAAACAGGCGUGAACUGGUCAGGAGGUACCUUGGGUACCAAGAGUAUCUUCUUGCGUGCGGCAGGGUCAGUGCAGAAACGGCUGCUUGCUCACUGCAAAAGCCGGUGCCACGUAUCCGAACAAACCCCAAAAUGCGGCGAUAUGUGAACUUUACAGAUAUCUCUCCUAGUUCAAAAAGCAACAGUUUCUGCAUUCGUUGAAGUAAAACAAUUUCUUGACUUACAUUCGUAUUAAUUUUGCUAACCUGGAUUUCAAACUUAAAUCGUCAGUUGUUAACCGAGGAGUCCUUAUUUUUCGAAAGAUGAAUUGUAACUUUUUCUCUUGAUUCCAUUGUGGUCAAGUCAGUUAUCAGCAACAGGGAAGUCAGCGUUAAUAAGUUCCUUGACUGUGGUGAUGUCUCUGUCUGCCUCGGAAAUUUGCUUAUCAUCAGCGUAGGUGGACACAAUGUGCUGUGAUGGAUUGAAUACAGGAGAUCGUAGCUUGUGUCAAGCUCUCGGUCAGUGAGGACGAGCGAAGAAAAUGAGCGAGCAAUGAAUUAGCGAUCGAGCGAAAAAUGGCGCGAAGAGAGAAUGUGAGAGGCUGUAAGCAUCUUUUCAAAUACCACAGUCCACCCACUACCCCCCCCCCCCCCCCCCCCCACCCACUUCCUGAAAAACCGUUUGUCGUGUAAAAUUGUCAAGUGCAUAUGUCAAAUGGUGCUGUGUAGGAGGGUUUCACUUGCUCGACAUAUUUGCUUGACUCUGCGCGCGCGAAGCCAAAUAAUUAACGUAUAAAUGUUGAAGUAAUUUGUCACAAUUGACUAAUCAUCGCUGGGUAUACCAGGAGGUGGAUAACCGGAAUGAGGUAUUGAAAACAAUGCUUACGGGCUCAGGCCCUACUCCGUGUCUCUUAAACCCCCACGCGGUUUUCUCCCAACUUUUCUCGAUCUGCUUUCCACUUUAUUUUGGAGCCUGGAAAAGGCUGUAUAGAUCGUUGAUAAAGAUGUUAAAUAGCAGUGGACCCAAGAUGGACCCCUUAAGGACAUUAUUAAUGAUACUUGGCAGUUUGAAUAUCUAUUAUUCAGACUUACACUUACUCUAUAAUUCCGGUUUGAUAGAUAAUCCUCUAUCUUGCCCCUACAUUUGCUCUAUAUUGCUUCUGUUUCAAAAUGAGUCAUUGGUACGGUAGAUUAUCAAAUGCUUUUGACCAUUCCAUAGACACUAACCCUAUAACUUCUUCGUUUAUUGCAUUUCUUCUUUUUUCAAUUUUUCACUCAUAUAGUACAUACAGUUACUAUUAUUAACAUGCAUAUUAACCUCACACUCUUUUACGAUAGCAAACAAGGCUACACUUUCUUGAUGUACACCAAACCGGUCAAGGGAUCAAAGGAUUGGCAGUCACUGUACAGAAGCACAAAACUGGAUGGAUUUGAAAUCGGUGAAGUGGCUCAGGUACUGUACAUAGCAAAUUUCAAUAGACCAAUUCCGAUAUAUUAAAAUUCAUACUUGGCUCCAAGGCUUGGGGGAAUAAAACAAAAGAAAUCGUCUUGAGGCUUAAUAAUGAAUCAUACAUUUUUUUUUGUUUUAUUCCCCCAAGCCUCGGAGCUAAGUAUGAAUUUUGAUAUUGGAAUUUGUGAAUAUAAUAAAAUGUGGAUUACUUUCGCUUGGUCAAAAUAAGCGCCAUGAACGAGAAAAACGAUAUUAUAUUGCUUUUAAUGGGCCGACUUGAUUUCAUUGACUAUACAAAUUUUAACUACCAGGAACGAUAUACUGAUGGAGAGCUGCCAAAAUGUUUAGGCGAGGGCCGCGUGUUAAGUGCAGAGUCUUAUCAUUUAAAUCCCCCAACCCGACAUGAAAAAUGAAUUACAACAAAACAGAAAAGGCAAUCGAAUUUUUCCGAUAUUUCGGCGGGUAAAGGCGUCCGUCUACAGAGAAUUUCAUGAAGAAAAGGAACUUAACCAACCCCUUUUUUUAUUUUAGAUAUACACCAUUAGUAAUAUAUCGGGCAAGGACGAAGCGGUUUUUUUUACCUAUUGAAACUUUCACUAUUUCGUUUAUUUGUUUUCUUUGAUUGUAGAUCGGAAGGAGACAUGAUCCUGGUCACCAUCGCUAUGCUAACUGGACCUUGAAAGCAGCAAGUGGAAAAUAUUUAUCAGUGAAUGAACAAAACGAACUUAUUUUGAGUGAUCAGCCCACCAUCUUCAAAGUCUUCUUCGUCGGCAGGAGCCGUGCCUUUGUCAAGCUUUACGUUUCCGGAAAAGGAUUUGUAAAGGUAUUAUUGCCCGUUUCUUUGUAGGUGGGUAAAUAAAACGAAUAAGGAUUAAAAUUCUUUAUCCAACCGUUUUAAAGUUGAGAAAAGAUAAAACACGUUGUCUUUUGAGGCAAGAAAAGCCUUAAGUAGAAUUUCAUUCAUAUGAGCUGCUAGUACUGAAGAAUGAAGCUAGCCUUUGUUCGUAUUUCGGUUGUGUUAUUGGUGCCUUUGGGACUGUAACAUUGUAAAUAAAACAAUGCCUUCUUCGUCCGUCAGUCUUAAUGAGCUGCUUACCUUUAAUUUUUCUGGGAAAUGACAUUUGUGUAAAGGUCGCAGGGCUAGUGUUGUAAUAGUCAUUCAUAUUCGCCUGGGACUCUUGCUGAAGGCUAGUGUUAGCUGUAUAUACAUCGUCCUUCUCUUAUUAUUUCAUGAUUUGAAUUGCUUCCCUUGAGAAGCGACUGGGAUUAGUUUAGCAGUCACUUGCUGUGAUGACCAUGACAUCACCCCCAAGGCUUUCUGUGUUAAACCUAAGUUUACAACGGUGAGGGAAGUAGAUGCAAAGGCGACUAGAUCGUUACAGAAACGGAGAUGAGGGAAUGAUCGAAAGCGGAGACAGAAAGAACUAAAGAUUGCGUGGUUUUUCUUUUCCUCAACUUCUGUACUGGAAUUUCAUAUUAAACUGAUCAGAAAACAGGUUUUUCCCUUCAGUUUCUUCGUCAUUCGAUAGUGUAAACCUGGCUGACUACUUUUUUAAUCUUCAGGUUAAACCCGAUUCCAAAGGCUGCCUUGAGACUGUGAAGGACAGGCGUUAUCCAAAGCUAUUCAAGAUAUCCCCAGUGAAAGGUACCCGCCACGUACGACUGGCCACAGUUGUGUUCAUUCAUCCUACAGACAAAUCCAAGACGCCAAUAGAAUGGACAAAAACCACGGCGCCUAUGAACACAGAUAAGGUGGUGUUAUUCAAGCACCUGAUCGAAGACAUGAAACCUGAAACAGGAUAUGAAGAAAAGUGGAGAUAUCUAAGUGAUGAUAUUCCCAGCGGUCUGGACGGGUUCCAUCCUCGACACAUGAAGCUUGUCUUUAUCACUCCAGUGGAAGGAAAAGUUUGUUUGAGGCCUAACAAGACUGACGAAACUGUGUUUACUGUUAAACGACAUCACACAAAUACCAGCGUAAGUGUGCACUAUCGGACUUAAUAUUGUUUUGUUUUUCAUUUUAAUUUAGUUAAAGCGUGGACUUCGUAAUAGUUUUUUCCAAAAUACUUUAUUUCGCAGUUAAACUCCGUUGGUACGGACACUGAGGGGUUCAUAGAAAGUGUCUGUAUUAACGGGGUGUCGGUAUUAAGCGGGUUGAAUUCACAGAAAAUAUAAGGGAUUUCUUUCCCCGGGGACAAACUUAACUCUCAGUAAUAAUGAAGUGUUUGUAUUAAUCAGGUGUUCUUAAAGCAGGGUUUGAAUGUACUUUUGCCGAGGUCAGUGAUUUUCUUCAAGGUUCUGCUAUUGUCUAAAUCUCUCCUAAACUUUUCCCAGAACUGAAUUAUUUCUCUAUCCUCUUUGAGGGUAGUAAUCCAGUCUUAACAUGGUCUACCCAUCUUCGUUUACCAUGGGUUGGUGUCCAAGGGGAAAGGCUCGAGACAAAUUUGUCUUUUUGUCUAUUCCGCUCAAGUUUGAGUACUAGUGUCCUUCUGACUUUGCCAGACAAUAACAAGUCAUCUCACCCACCGAUGUUAGCUCGCCUACUGCUAUGGUGUACCUCUCCCAGUACUAUAGAUAUCAAACACCACUGUAGAAAUGAAAACUGGUUGUGACUAAUUAUGUUUAGUAAAUAUAUCUAGGGAGUCGUGUUUUAAAUCACUUGCUGCGUACUAAAAAAGGAAAGGAAGAGGUGGCAUGUUGAUACAUAGUCUUUCAUUUCCAGUUUUUCAUUCCUAUGAUAAGGUAAAUUCCGCGGGCAGCUGUUUUAAAAACGCUAGCAAUAGACCUUAUUUACGAUACCCGCCAUCCGGCACGUGUUCUACUGGUGGGAUAAAAGCGGUGUCACGUGGUUUCUACGGAGCAAACAAGUGAUAAAAGCUGCCAAUGCCAAUCAAAUUUCACGGGUGCCCUGUUUAUAGAUCUAAGGAAGGCCUUUGAUUCCGUCCCACACAAGGAACUCUUAUCCAAAUUGAAAAGAUUCGGCUUUAGAGAUAAUUCGAUUAAUUUGUUUACAAGCUAUCUAUCCAACAGAUUUCAAACUGUCACCCUGGAUAACGAGCUCUCGGGUCCUUUAGCAGUCCUAAGUGGAGUACCUCGGGGGACUAUCCUGGUUCCGGUUUUAUAAGGGGGCUUCCCUUUUUAAUGAUUGUACAUAAUGUCAUCACAGUUUCGUAUAUACUUUUAUCCCAUUUUCAAAUAUAGUUUUUUUAUACAGGACCCAUGUUGAAAGCAGUUUUUAUAACUGAAAUGGUUAUCCUGUUAAAAUAUAUUAUUAUUAUUAUUAUUAUUAUUAUUAUUAUUAUAAUGCAAGAAACCUCGGUCAAGUUUGUUUAUUCUAGACAACAGAAAAUGAAGUUUUUUCUUACCUCAAGGACGAUAAUGGCAAAUUAUGAAUGGAAGUCAUAAUUGUUUCUUUUCUGAAUGCAGUUGUGACCGUAGAUGUCCUCGCAACAAUCAAUACUGACGUAAAACUUAUCGAAAGUUGAACAUUAUACAUUUUGCUAGACUAACAUCUGCGUCUUGUUUUGAAAGAAGCAACAAAUUUUACCGCGAUUACUCGUAUUAGCAAAUUUUAUCACUUGUUUGCCCCCUGAAAUACCACGUGAGAUUUCUUUUAUCCCAUCAAUCCUAAGGCGCGUGCAAAGAUGGCGGGUAUCGUGAAUAAAGUUAUUUUACUGUCAAUCUGUGAAAGGUUUGAACCCAGGAGUCAUUUCAAAAGUAGGUUGAGUUUGAUCGUCCGGGUGAACGUAGUCCUGAAGAGGACAGCAACAACAACAGUCCUAUUCAGGACUACGUUCACCCGGACGAUCAAACUCAACCUACUUUACUGUCAGUGUUGGAAAGGUUAAAUAUUCUUGCUUUAACAGGAGGUUUGUUAUGGCGAGCAAAUCAUUGGCAUGGAGGUGUGUCUGAGUGGCGAACACAUUCAACCAUCAGUACCUCAUCCACCUGUCUUCCCAUUCGGUGGUCCGACAAACUUUAACAUCUCCUUAAAGCCAGGCAAAAAUCCUGCCAGGGCCAUUCAGUUUAAGGUAGAGUAUUAAAGUUCUCCUGACACGCUUUUUCUUGAUAGUGUAAGAAAUCGCUUCAAGUUUUUGAAGAAGGAACGUAAGGCCACCUGUAAAGACCGAUAAGAUUUUCCAAGACACUUGUCAAGGAAGAGUAAAGGUUUUUGGGUCCAUUUAGUAAGUAAUAUAUAGAUAUCACCAAGGCCAAAAGCGAAGCUCUUGUGGGAUCUUUUAAGAAUUGUACAUGUCUUUUUAAGAAAAUUGUCAAAAAAGUCAAACAGCCAAUCAGACAUAGGUCUCCUUUGUUAUAUCAAGUUAAACACAGAUUGUAUAUGCUUUGGACUCAUAGCUAGUAUGACUUUUCACAUUCGUUAUCAUUAAGGGCUGGAUAUACGUACGUACAGACGGUUUUGUCAAACCAAAAUUUCUUGGAUGCAUAGAUAACCAGAUUAUAUUACCCAUGGUGCUCCGCUGGGAAGUGCGCGCGAAAGCUCCGCUAUUAUCCGCUACCCUUCCCACUGUCGGCGCAAGUAGCUUUUUUGUAACUACAUAAGCAUGUAUUUUCUCACAGUUAUCAAUCAACGAGAUCUUAAAAACGAAACUGAAUGUGCUCGACUGGUAGGCAAAGUCAAAAGAUGACGUGUUAGCCUUGCUUGAAAUAUAAGAUGGCAAUCAAGAAACAAAUUUGUCCUUAUCCGUUAAGGGAGCUAUGUCACGAUUUUUUGGUAUAACAUUGAAACACUUAAAAACGCGUAGGAAUCAAAGAAAACCCUGAAAAAAUGGUUCAGAUUAUUUUUAUAUUAUAUCUCAACUACCAGUGCAUGUUUUUCGCUUUCGAUGACCAGGACGAAAAAAGAGAAGUACAAGUUGAAAAAUGAAAAAAUUGUACCAACUUUUUCAAGUUAAGUUCCUGUGUUGUCAAAAAAUGACCAAAACCAAUCAUGCUUUGCUUUCCCUUUGAUAAAAUCAUUUAAUAUCUUUCCUUGAGAAAAGAUGACUGAGAAUACUUAGUUGUAAUCUCAGCUCGACUUAAACCAAAAUUCACGAAAGGUCUUUUGUUUCAUUUCUUGAGCAACUGAAAGUGUAUCUUGUUUCAGUUUGGCAGGCGUGAACGUUAUGAUGAUGAGUUUAAAUCUUGGAAAGCAGGAAUGUACUUGUUGGGCACAAAACCAGAGAAGAAGGUCGAAGCACGCAUAUCUUAUGACGUCAUUAACAAAAAAUCUGACAUCAUCGUUGACGUUCACAAUAUGUUACCAUGGCUCAAGAAAGUUUGCAUAACCAGUCACGUGAUCAAAGAUGACGAAGCUUGGUUUUAUUUGAAAUUUGGCAAGAACUGUUCAGAGUACCAAGUACGGGUAAGUGACGAAUUACUCCCACCCCCACCCCCAGCUAGCGCGUGUUUAACCAGAUUCUUAGCUGAAAGGGUCCUCGAUACCUUUGUAUACAUACUCAUGUGAUGUAAAAUAAUAUGCGCUUAAAAUCAGUUCUCGAGGGAAAUAGUAAGUUUUAUUUUCCCGAGAGUCCCGAUUCCGAAACAUCCAGACUUGAGGGAAAACAAAAGUAGCUGGUUUCCCGUAGCCUGCGAACACAUCCGUUUCUCCUCGCUCUUCGCCGCUGGGGACGUUUCGCGCGGAGGAACGUCUGCGACUCAGUGGAAAAAAUUCCAUACUGAUCACGCAAAUCAAUGUUUACAUAAUAAAUCCGGUAGACAUGGGGUUCCAAAUACAAUUUUGUCCAAUUUUACGUGUCUUCUGGUCGAUUUUGGUAAAUUUUUGUGUUCAUCUGCCAACGAGCUCCAGCAAAACUCAAAUACGUCUUCUAGAGAAGAGUAUAUUCCACAAAUAUUGACUGUUUUGCUAGAGAUUCUUCGCGUUUACAUUUGACCUCUGUGGCCUUUUGUCUUUUGUCUGUCAUUCGUAAACAAUAGCUAAAACAAUGUAACUACUCCGUCGACCAAUCAGCGUUUCUGACCGGAUUCCGGACAGAUUUUACGUCAUCAGUAUGGAAUUUCUGUCGCUGAGUCGCAGACGUUCCUCCUCGCGAAACGUCCCCAGCGGCGAAGAGCGAGGAGAAACGGAUGUUUUCGCAGGCUAGGUUUCCCGAAGUAUUUUUGUAGCGACACCUUCUAUCUUUGAAUCUCUUAUACUUAAACAAAUUUAUUUUUAUUGUGAAGCCAUUGUAACGCUUGUAUUGCACAUGUUUUCUCGAUUUUCGAAAUUGCGCAAGUCUUUUCACGUUUAGCCGUUUGUAGAGUGUAUAAAGGUCAACUGCAAAAUGAAUGAGUGAUAAAAACUCUUCGGAAACAUUCAAAAAGUAGCAAAUAUGUCUACGUUAUGUCCAGUCUUCAGCGCAUGCCAAAUUUAUAACCUUUUUGUAGAAAUUCCAAGAUACCUCGAAAUUCCUCCUGUAGAUUUUUGUAAAAAAUUUUCGCAGCAGAAAACAAGGACCGAAAGUAUACGUAGCGUAAAUCAUUUCCAAAGAAAAUGCCUCUAAGGACUGAAAUCUGAUUUGUCAGUGGCGAGCAGAUCAACUAUUUGCCGAAGCCGAAGGCUGAGGCAAAUAAUUUAUCUGCGAGACACUGACAAAUCACGAUAUUUUGAGAUAAACGAGUUCAAUAAUUGUUUUAUCAUUCAGUCACCGAGGUUGUUUUUUGAUAAAUAUCCUCGGGAAGCUGCUAUUUUCACCCAACAGCGAUAACAAGAAGGAAAAACGGGUGGUUUCUUUUACGCAUGAGCAGAAUAUUAUUUGCAGCCAAACACAGUUGGACGACAUUGCGCAUGAGCAGACCAGGUAGGCAGUCAUUUGCAGGUGGUGGUCUCUUGGCCAAUGAAAAGGAAGAAAGAUUUGCUUCGAAUGAUAAUUAAGGUUAUUAUAUGUGUAUUUAUACAUGUGUUAUAAUGGUGUUACAGUAAAGAUCAAUUUGACUAAGUAUAAGCAGAUUCAAAGAUGAAAGGUGUACGUACAAAAAUACUGGGUCGAGGCACCUUAAUUUUUUUUAGUAAUUCUAGUCUUGACUUUAACAAUGAUAAAGAAGAAAGCGCGAAUCAAAGCAAUUUCGGUGCUUAUAAGAACACAAGUUUAAUUAUCAAAACCGCUGAAUAAGGGACUGGUCAAAAAGUAUAGGGGGGGGGGGGGGGCCGGAGCAUUUGGAAAUGUGGUUGAUAAAAAACACAUGGCCCACCCCCUCCCUUCGGCACAAAAAUGACUGACCUACCCCUAAAGCAAGGUCGGAAAUUGCAUGAUCCACCCCCUAGUUAAAACAUGGAUGUUUGGUUUCCUCUCAAUAAUCCAAUAAAACCUUGUUCUGUGCUUGACAAAAUUUGUUGAUACACUGCUACAACCAAUAUAAAAAUCACAGAAAUAAUACCUUUCACUGAAAAGAGGAAUGUGAAAAACUGAACAUUUCUUGUUUCGAUGGACGCUAUGAGUCUUGACACAAAUAUACAGCAAAACGAGGGUAUAUUGAAAUUGUCUGUCACAAAGCAUAUGAAAAUUUCUACAAAGACAACCCAUUCCUACACAUUACUUGCCGGAAAAGCUCGGAUUAAUCCUCAAAGAAAAUUUCUUCCACUUCAUUGAAAAGCACUGCCUACAAAACCAUGGAACUGCAAUGGGCACAAAGACAGCAGUUUUGAUUCCUUUGCCAAUAUUUUCAUGACAUAUAUUGAAACAACAACUCUAAGAAAAACGGUCUUUAGAACAACAGCUACAUACACGAUAUCUUUUCCCUAUGGGACAUGAGUAAACCAGACAUCGAAGCCUUCAUUGAACAAGCAAACUUACAUCACCUAACUAUUGAAACAUUUGUAUACAAAGGCACAAGAUUCAAGGAAAAAUCUAUCCUUGAUGCAAAGACACAUUUUAAACAAACGGAAACCUUCUUGAACACACAUUUCACCUCGUGUCACCCUCCAAAUGUUAAAAAAGGAUUUGUCAAAGGAGAAGCCUUGAGAAUCCUACAAAAACCCCUCACAAACAACCUUUAAGGAAAAUAAUUCAAAUUUUAAAAAAAACUCUUGAUGGACGGAGGUUACCCACAAUCUUUGAUAGAAAAGGUACUAUCAGAAAUAAAAUUCUCAAAAGGGAGUCUAAACUCCUAAAACAAAACAAAAAAGAGGAAAAAGAAAUAUUGCCAUUCGUGACACAAUACCAGCCCUCCGUGUCUACUAUAAAGGAAGCUUGAAUGAAAAAAUGGAAUCUUAUACAAAACCAAUUAUAACUUCAAUAAAUUUUUAAAGAACCACCAAUCAUUUCCUUACAAAAAAGGAAAAUCAUUAAAGGACAUGCUUGCUAGAGCCCCCCAAAAAAGGUUAACAGAGGGUUCCACGCCCGUAUAGAUGUGCGGCCUGUCCCGCUUGGUAUUUUCUCGCACAACAGGUUUGUGAGUAUUUCCAGCUGGCUGUGUUUCAUAUAACAAGUGUGGUCAACUGUCUCGUUAGUAGUUAGUGCCUAUCUAUGUAAUAAAAUAGGGUGACCCACCCCCUAAGGGUAGCUGAAAAUUGCACGACCCACCCCUUGCACAAGGCUCAAAACCUCAUGACCCACCCCCUCUCUGCUCCGGCCCAUCCCCGCCUAUACUUUUUGACCAGUCCCUAAAUGAUUUGCAAGGGACUCUCAAUUCUCUUAUCUGCAUCUUUUUCCCUUACUAGCUACUGCAUCUCUUUUUGGAUAGCUUCGAAAAUCGUUCAAAGUUUUAGCUUCAGGCUUCACGUUUGUGUAGUUGUGUUUAUUCACACAUGUGAAAACUGGCAGCGUUUCUCCCGCCUUCUUCUAACCAACCCGUGGUAAUCCCUGUUUAGUUUAGCCGUGAAAUUCUGAAAAUGAAUAUCAGAAAAUGAUAUAUAGAUUUAGCCAGAGCUGACUAAAAGCGAAGCCCCCGUUUGUGCAUUUAUAAUUUACUUCAGACAGUGAACUUGGGUUAACUUGGAACCAUUGCAAAGAAAUCCACAAAUCUGUAAUUAGGUUAGAGGAGGACCACGUCCUUUGAGGACUAGAAGAAAAACAUAAAUUUGAACCUGUGAUCAACUAAAAGUUAGUAACUGGUCAGCGGUAAAACAAACAAUACGUGACCUCGGUGAGUUGUCAUCUGAACCUGCGAUACGGUCAGGUGAUUCUGGACAGCGGAUACCCGGUUUUGACGACUGUCAAUAUGACCAUAAUAUGGAUGUCUAUUAUCAAGUUAUCAGGUUACAGGCUCCCAUACUGGCAAGAAAAUGUGACAUUUUAUAUUGGUUGUCUUGUGGUGCGGACGGACGGGCGAACGGACGGUUACGUUAUUACCAAAAUUUCGCGGAUGGAUAGAUAACCAAUUUUUCUUUGCUAUGGGGUUCCGCUCGCGCGCCGUUCGCGCUCGCAUGGAUCUCCGCUAUAACAACGUAUCUUAAUAUCAUGUCUCUGCAGUCGGCUUUCACCAUCAAGGAGCCAGGUCGCCGGGAGGUUGAAGUUGUGACAGUCUACAAUCAGUUGCCAUAUUCAGUGGUCAAAAUUUUCUACCAACUUUUUCUGACAUUUACUCGCCGAUAUCGGGACAGGUAUUGAAUGCAAUUUCAUUUGCUAUUCCUUUAUCGUAUCAUUUUAACAUUAGUGAAUUGUUUUAGUGCCACUGAUAGCAGUCUAACAAAUCCCCAUGGUCUGUACUCUUAUAGACCAUACCCCCUGAAUGACGUCAAAAUGUUCAAAACUCAAGUGGAAAGGCGAGUGGUUUCACUGCAUUGUUUUUUACAUUUUAUGUCGUCAUUUCUAUGGUCGGUAAGAGUAUAGACGAUGGAAAAUUGCUGUAGUUUUUUUUUUACAAUAACAUUCAUUGGCAGUUUUUAACAAAUUUCUUAGAUAAUCGCGCAAGGAAGAGAAAAAGAAAUUCCGCCAUGGUCUGUACUGUUAUCGACUAUAGCUCUCCAAUCAAUCAAUCAAUCAAUCAACCAAUCAGCGCGCGACCCUGUCAUCAGAGUGGAGUUGAAAUUUAGAAUUUGCUUUCAUGUAGACAUCACUGUGGAUUUUAUCUUUGAUUGCAUAGAUGCUUUACCUGGAUAGAUAAACCCAACAAGAAACUUCCCAAGGAACAGUUUUCGUAUUCGCCAGGAUCAGGAAAAGCAUACAAAGUGAUGAAAUUCGACCUAAUUAAAAAAAAUUAGUAUCCAAGUUCUUUUUGUAAAAGUUCGUCGAUAAAAUGUUUGAAAUAACAUUUCUGAAUACGCUACCAAUCCUGAUUUUCCAGUCCCUUCCGUCUGUUGUUUGAUAACCAGUUUAUCUUUGAAGAACGUCAGAAGUUUUUUUUAUUCCAUACUCUUAUGGUAAAUAUUUGUUGUAAAGGAACUUAAGCAACGACGACAGUGGUGAAAGCGUCUCUUAAACAGUGAAUUUAUACUGUUUAAUAUAUAGAUUUAGCCAGGGCUAAACACGAAGCUCUGGCGUGAAAAUAAACCUAUAGUUUACUCAAACAAAAAACGAUAUCGUGUAAUGCCAAACGGCGACGCUAACGAGAACAGCAGAAAAAAAUCUUAUUUACCAAAAAAAAAAAAAACAACAACAACAACAAGACUCGGCUUUGUUUUUGUUUUUUUCCUCCAAAAGUCCUGGUGGCCAUGCAAUUUACCGCCAAAACGCGCGGGUGCUUGAAAUGUGAAAUUUCACCCCGGCGUACAUUUGAAGGAUUUUCGGAUCAACAUCAAGAAGACAGAGACCAUGAAUGUAGGUGAACAGAUUAACUUCUACAUUGAUGGACACAAGUUGAAGAGAGUAGACCGCUUCAAAUAUCCUGGUAGUUAUGUUACCAAAGACUGCAAUGGAGAUGCAGAGAUCACUGCACGCAUUCAGUACGUCUUCCCUCUAAUGAUUUAUGGUAGCGAAACCUUGACCCUGUACAAUCACCAUAUUAAGCCCCUCAGAACCGUCCACCAACGGCAUCUGAGAUCUAUUCCUAACAUCAGAUGGGAUCACUUCAUCACAAUUGGUGGAUCUUGCUAAUACCACAGAUAUUGAGAUCACUCGUAUCAGAAAUAGAUUACGUUGGUUGUGCUAUGUUGCUCGCAUGCCAGAUGAAUGGCCAGUAAAGGCACUUAGCUAUGUAGAACUGACAGAGGGUUCUAGAAGAGUUGGUCGUCCUUUUCUAAGACGUAAGGACACUUUGCAGGAUAUUUUGAAGCGUAGAGCAGUACUUUGCUUCUGUCAGUGCUUCGCUUCUGUCAUUGUAGGAGACCGUGCGGGUGGCAGAGGUUAAUAACAGAGGUUUACAAUACGAUAGACGAUGACAGACGGAAGGCUAACAGGGAAAAGAGGGCGAAGUGCCAUGAACGGAGAAGUGUGGGGAAAUUAGCUGCUUUGGACGGACAAUUAGUACUGUUACUCAUCCUAUAACUUUGUUUUAUACCGGUGUCGGGUUCAAGGCGUUGUUUACAUGAAGGAGUGGACGUACGGACGUACGGACGAUUCAAGUUGCCAGAACCAAAAUUUCUUGGAUGCAUAGAUUACCAAAUUUCCUACGCAUGAUGCUCCGCUAAAAAUUCGUCGCUUAUAUUCCGUUAAAUUUGUCAAAUUUUGGUGAGUUUUUCUGGAGUUUAACGCUAUAAGACACUUUAUCUAAGUUGAAAACAGAAAAAGAAAUUAUUUUCUUGUGUUCACGUCCUCUACAAAACGUGAAAUGAGGCAGUUUCAUGUCGUUGUCGUGUAUCAGCGUCAAAAAAAUGCAAAAAAAAAAAAAAAAUGAUGAACGUGUAAAGUUGUUGCUUUGCCCAUCUAAACCAACUGCUUUUUUCCGUUCUCGUUGCCUUGGUCGUUGUUUAAGCUCCCUAUUAAGAGAAGUGGUCAAAACUUUUGCACAGUCAAAACCUACCACUCAAAAGAUUGGUUUUUAACACAUUUAUUUACAUUUUUCUCUUCAACUUAGCCUGGAAAUACUGAGUAUUUUAGUCCUCGGUCUACCAGGGAUUUGAAAAGUCCUCAGAGGAGAAAAGAAGGCGCCGUGAAAACUUGGUUUUCUUUCCACAGAUUGGACUACCAGAUCAAAAAGUUCAAAACUGAGCAACUUGUGGAUCUUGAACUCAUCAUGCCAUCUCGAAAGUUAAUGAUGAAUGACGUCAGAAUCAAAACUCAUGGCUUCAUACCACAUGGCAAUCCCAUGAUGCAGUUGGUGUCUUCACGUGAGUAGAAAUCGAAGAUAGGCUAACCAGAAACCAGGAACGGGUUAGCUUGUCCACUUAUGUGCUUUUCAUGUAGUCUACACGUGAUACCAUCUGCUGUCUCUGGAAUUAAAGCUUCAAUAGAGAGGAGAAAAAGUUAAGUCAAGUUAACAUUGUAGCAAAAUUUCAGCGACCUUUCUUGACAGAGACUGCAAGUUGCGCGCGAACGAUGGAAGAAAAGUAUGGGGAACUGUUUUUUUCCUGAGUGCAGUCAUUCACAAAAGAGUUAGACAUGUCAUUUUGUUUGGUUUCUUUUACUGCAAUAUUUGAUGCAUCACGGUUAGUUUAGAUUCAGAAAUUUUGCUACCGUGGCAGCGUGACGUAGCCACUUCUCCCCUCUAUAGACUUUAUUAAAAGAAUACCAUUAUUGCUCUUUGGUUUUUUUUAAAGCAUUCUUCUCAAGUUCUCUUGGUACCUACAAUUGGCCUAAGAGCAAUUUUAAACAAUGCUUGAGCAGAACUUUUGGGUGAAAACAAAGAGUAUUAUGGUAUUGUUGUAUAAGGCCUAUUAAAUGAUUACCAGUCCAGUAAUAGUACAGACUGUACCAUUAAUACUGUGUCUUGGAACUUGAAAAAGUAAACUGUAUUACUGUGAAACGCACCAAUCACUGAUUACGAGUCUUCAUAGCCAAUAACAUCACGGCUUAACUGACAGACGACCAAUAACAUCGCGACAUAAUUGACCAAUCAGGUCAAUAACCAGAGUAUAAUACCAUCAACUGACGUGACACAACUCACUUUGACUCUGAAGAUGACUACCGCACAGGUUGUCGAAACGUCAGUCACUGUCAACAACAACAGUCCUAUUCAGGACUACGUUCACCCGGACGAUCAAACUCAACCUUUUGUAAAUUGUAUUGUUAAUCAAUUUGACAGACUUAAUAAGCCCAUACCUCUUACGGUGUUCCCCGCUCCUUGUCGCACCCCAACCCCCUUUAAAAAGAUUACUUAUUUAGUUUCCUGAGGUCUUACUAGUUAAAACGCAUAACGUUAUUGGAAAUUAAAGGUAAGUUAUCAGCGUCUAAUUCGCAUUGCAUUUGUUGCAUUUCCUGCCAUUUUGGUUAGCGUUUCAGUGUUAAAACAAGCAAAAGUCCUCAUUACAAAUAACGGAAGCGUUGAGGUUCGGCUUAAAGCGUUGUAGUUCUGGGGCACGUGUGGCAAAAGCAAACAAAGAAAUUACACAAAACCUACUGAAAGGGUUGAAACAAUUCAUUUGCGAAGUUGAUCGGUGAGUUACGUAAGGCCUGCUGUGACUUUGGGUUGUGAUGCCCUUGGCUGAAAGACUGGAGGUCAUUGUAGGCGCACAUUCCAUCUACCUUAUGCGGCUCAUUUGUUAGGAAGCACAUUUUCUCUUCUCAAUUUCUGCGGGAAAAUACGGGAGUAUCAAAAGAUCCUAGAUUUGCAGUUUUUACGCACAUCAGGUGUAAAAACAGUACACUGCCUUCUUAAAUGAUUUUAGCAGCUCAUCGUCUCUGCGACGCUAUCCUGUAAGUGACUUAAUCUAUUACCAUAAACUUUUGGAUACGACAGAACUAUCAUUUUUAUUCCAGUGAGUCUUCAUGUAUGCUCUGAUUCCUUACUUUUCCAAAAUCAGCAUGCAAUGUUAGUUAGGUUAUUGUUUUACUAUUUCCAGCGGUGUGUACUGUGGAUCACGACUCGUUCAGAACAUUUGAUGACGUGGAGUUCCAGUACUCGUUACCAGACCGUUGCGUACAUGUGCUGACCAAGGACUGCACAAAGAACAACUCCUUUUUGGUGCUGGUGUCAAAAGAAGCGGGAAAACCUCACCAGAAAGUUAUUGAAUUAUUCGUCCAGAGGCAGAAGAUACGAGUUGAAUAUAUAAGUAACGGCAGUUAUCAAAUACAGGUUUGGCUUCUUGUGUUUUUGAGCCCUUCUAAACUUGUUUUGAAUUAAUCCAUGCGUUUGUACUCUAAUAGAUUAUGAAGAACGACCAAUCACAGCGCGCGUAAUAUUCACCACAUUAUAUAAACAUAGAUACAUCACACAUCACCUUUAUUUAAACCUCGGAAUUGCAAAGUAGCUGUAAAAAGCUAUACUAUCCCAGAGAAACUACAAAAAAUAAUCAAGUAAGUAAAAAUAAAAAGGAAAAAAAUAUAAUAUUAAAGAGGAAAUACAAAACUGUGAGGAGGAAAAAUUAACUACUCAUUACAUUAUAUUAUAUUUGCUGGUCCUGCACUUUUUAGGGCAACCGAAGAAACAUGAAGAAAUACAGACUCGAGCCUCCACUGAAAAGCAAGUAGAUCUUUCCCGAAGAGUCGAAAACAAAAGUUGAAAAGUUGUCAGCUGGGGAUUAUUUUGCCUCUGUUGCAAUGGCUAAUGGAACGUGCAAAUGGAAAUUAAAGUAUUAUGAUUAAAUAAGUAAAAUACAUCGUCAGUCAGACAAGAAAUGUGGAACAAACAUAUCACUAGUUUACAAGAACAUUAACACGAAAUCCUUAAAACGACGGGCCGAAGUUUGAGGGUAAACUUUCUUUGGUUUUCAGAUAAAUGGAAAGAUUCUCGACAAAGGAAUACGAAAAUUCCAGUUGAAAUCCAUUGCCACAAUCUUGGAAGACUCAAAGAAAGAAGAAGUUCGCGUCUUGUGUGAAAUCGGCUUGCAGUUAGUGAUUGUUCGAGGAACCAAGGUACUCAUUAUACAGUGUAAUGUAAUACAAAUGUCAGCUGUUUUCAACGUCAGUUUUUUGUGCAUUUUUCAUGUCUCCGCUUACCGAUGACGUUUCACCAUUAUAUUUGUACGACUCUCGUGAUUCGUACCACUUGAAAUGCCUUCUCUCGACAAAACUGCUCUCAAUUUCCAAGUGUUGCUAAUGAGAUGCUAUUUUAUUACUUGUAUGACUCGCACGACGCGUAACACUACACAAAUGAGAUGCAGCCAAGUAAUGUACUUCACUUAAAUUCACUCUAACGCAUCAAAUUUGCCACUUGAACCAGUCGCACAACUUUACUACUUGUGCCAGUCGUACCUGUUGAAUGUUAAAUUUUACGACUUGAACAAGUGGUAAUAGGCCCUUUUGCAGCUAGCCAUUCACGUGGUACAAAACCGCCACGCUGGAGAGCAAAAGUCGCACUGGGACAAGACAAACAAAAGACAUACAGAAUUUGAAAUGGUACUUUUCUUUGUUUGUCUUGUCCCAGUGCGACUUUUACCCUCCAGCACUAGCUGCAAAGGGCCUAUUAUUGGACAUGAGUGGUUCUGUGAUAAGAAAAGGAAAAUUCAUUUGCUUGAAGCUGAACACAAAGAAAAUAAAAAUUACAGACACUCUUUAAGUAAGGGAUAGAUAAAACAUCGCUCUUUCCUUACCUACGUUUGCUGACUUUCCGUAACAGUUAUCGGUGUAUCUUUUCAUUGCCAUAUUCCCUUGGUCAGUAAGCCAUUUCCGAUUUCCCAAAACUCUCACGUUGAAAACGAGGCUAAGUACGUGUCAAUGGCUUCGCACUUAGCCUCACUUUGAAACAGAGGCUUGAGGCAACUCUGAAAUGGUCUAUUUGAUAAACGUUACACAAUUGACUAAUUUUACGUUUUGUCGCCUUGUGGUUCUUCUGCUGUAAAAUGUUUACAAAAUGCAAAACGGAAACGUAUUGUAAUUAGUCUCUCUCGCAAACGAGCGUUGCGUGACGAGAAAAGAACGGCUGGGAGGGAGCCUAUAUUGUAGUCGAUGUUUUUUGUUAGCUUAAUGUCUGAAAAACUAAUGAUGCCUCCUUACACCUUAUUUUUAACAGAUUGAUGUUCAAGUCUCGCCGUACUUUUUCAACCGUACGUGCGGCAUGUGUGGAGACUUCAAUGCUGAACAGUAUUUGGACCUCAAGACACCAAGAGGCCGACCUUACACCAUUCCAGACAAGAUCAAAUAUGGACACAUGUGGAUGGUGCCUGAAUACACAUGUACAAAAGGUUGCUUUCUUUUGUGUACUUUUGACUGUUGGACCGUGGCUGUUUUUUAAUCCCUGUUACCUUGGGCUUUUGCUAUGUUUCUGUUUGAAAAAACAAGACGUUAAAUAGAUAGUUCGUGAUAAGCUCUACAAUGUGACGUAAAUAUGAUGGGAUAUGACUCUGUUUGAAGAAGAUGAAAGUGUUUAGUGUACCGUAUAUUCUCAAUUAAAGGCCCCGGCGUUAAAUUCAAACUUGGCCUUGUGGACCGGCGUUUAUUUGAAUUUGCAUUUUAUUCGGGCUUACUGUUACUAAAGAAAAGUUUUUACGCCUUUUUCUUGACAGCCGUGCAUCUUGCCUUUAUACCGUUAGUUUAUUAUACCACAAAUAAACGUUGGGGAGAGAUGUAUCUACAACUUCCCCUCCAACACCCGGCGUUUUUUCGGGGCCCGGCGUUAAAUCGAGAAAAUACGGUAUUCACCAUUUUCACAUAGACCAUAAUGGACCUUGUUCCCCCCCCCUCCCCCCCCCCCCCCCCUUCCCAAAAAAAAACGUGUGAACAGAUAUACCUUUCCAAGAGAAUCCUGUCUGGUGAAAAAUUAAUGUUAAGCCCGGUGAACAACACCGUCGGAACAGUCACAUGUUAAUUUGAAUUCCUCUGAUUCAAGCGUCAACUUCACAAGGCGUUAAGAAUCUUCGAUGCGCGUUGUUGUUUAAUCCUUGCAUCGUCCUACGCUAUAUGUUUGCUGGGACUUAAUCUUCCAAUCGGGUGAUCUGCAUCUCCUUCUAGAAGUCAGUGUGUACGUUAUGCCGUAUCUGAAAAAAUAGAUGAUCGACUGAAUUUUCUUGUUUAAGCCGGCUGUCAUCUCAAGAAAGAAUUUGUUCAGAUUCGCAAGGACAUCAACUCUACAAGCCACGACUGCUACCCAAUCUCCCCAGUCCUCCGAUGCCAUGAAGAAUGCGAGGCAACCAAGAGCAAGCUAACUCCCUUCCCAAUGACUUGCGUGGAGACCGGAAGUUCGCAGUCGCUCAAGAUAUUCAAAGGUAUCGAGAAGCGCACCCUGGAUCUUACCGGAAGUGACGUAUACUUCACUGAGAAUCUCAUUGAACACACUGAUUGCGACUGCAGUGUUUGUGGCUACUAA